AUGUGUAUGGUGUUGUACGGCUUCGAUGCUUCCGUGUUCAACGCCGUUCAGGCUUCGGACAACUGGCUCGCGUACUUCGAUCUCGACCCAGACGAAGACACUCAGCUCAUUGGCCUCAUCAACACCGUGUAUACCAUAGGCGCUAUCAUAGCCGGCUUCUUCUUCGGUGGCCCCCUGGCUGACUGGGCUGGUCGGCGCAUUGGAAUGGGCGUUGGCUGUGCUCUUACCAUCGCCGCAGCCUUUAUGCAGGCUUUCGCGCCCCACCAUAAUCUCGGUGUCUUCAUGGCCGGCCGAGUCAUUAUUGGUAUCGGUCAAGGCCUCGCAUUAACUGCUGGCCCUGUGUACAUUAAUGAAAUCACACCCGCCGAGAUUCGCGGUGUGGUAAUGACGUUUUGGCAGCUUAACUUCAGCGUUGGUAGCUUCUUGGCUUUCUGGAUUAACUACGCAUGUGGUCUAAACCGCGAGAAACUUGGAGACUGGGACUGGCGCAUGGUUGUGCUAUUCCAGAUCCUCGUCCCAACGAUUGUGUGCAGCACGCUGUGGACCAUCCCCGAAUCUCCCAGAUGGUACGUCCAGAAAGGCAAACCCGAACUGGCUCGCACAGCUCUUCUCUCGCUGCGAAAUACAGAGGAGGAGGCCGAGCAAGAACUUCUAGCUAUUAGAGAGGCCAUUGAGUAUGAGAAAGAAGCCAUCAGCACCAAUUACACCGCUCUGUUCAAGGACCCCUCGGUCCGCAAGCGUCUCUUCCUGACAAUUUUUCUCAAUGUUGGACAGCAACUCACCGGACAAGGCACCCUCAACAACUACUCGACUCAGAUUUACCGCAAGGUUUGGCCGAGCAAGUCAACCAUUAACCUUAUCAACGCACUCAACGGUACUUUCGGUAUUCUUUUCACGUUGAAUGCUACGUGGACUGCCGAUCGCUUUGGUCGUCGAUGGUUAUUCAUGGUCGGUGCGGUAGGUAUGGGCUUUUGUAUGAUGGUAGUCCCUGUUGUGGGAAUGGCUACGCCGGACCUGGCGGGAGGCACGAAGUCUCAAUCUGUUGGCAUUUCGAUCGUCUUCUUGCUCUUCCUUUUUGCCUUUUUCUACAAGCCUUCCUGGGGCGCUACUGUUUGGAUCUACACCGCCGAAGUUUUCUCGAUGAACAUUAGAGCACAAGCCGUUGGGAUGUGUUCCCAAUCGCAAAACGUUGCGAAUACCAUUUUCCAGCAAUUUUUCCCUACAUUCCUCAAGAACACUGGCCUCAAGUGCCUUUUCUUCUUCAUGGCUGUCAACUUCUUGCUGGUAAUAUACGUCUGGUUCUUCAUCCCCGAGACGAAGAAAGUGCCCCUGGAAGAGAUCGAUGUGCUGUUCGGAGGCGUCAAUCACGUGGAAAAGGGCAGCCAAAUGGUCGGCCUGGGGCCCGAGAAUGAGAUUAGGGAUUUUGAGGCUGAACACCAGUCACGCAAAGCUCCAGGAGUCAAGGAUGCGUAG